AAUUUCGUUAAGACUUGGCUGAACACACUACCGGAAUGGAAUGAAUUUGGGUCUUCCCCAAACAUAAUAUAAUCUGUAGGCGGUCGGCGGUCAGUCCGUCGUGGUCCGUCGCUAACAUAGCCGGGAGUUCGCACGGUCACACGCUUUAUUUUUAAUACAUAUUUAUCUUUAUAAACCGCAUGACUUGGCUUGUCGUUAGUACUACGGGAAUCAUGGAAACUCAAGCCAGUGUCAAAACUUGCACGUUAAACUCUUUGCAGUGAAUCAAAAGUGUACCUAUCAUUUUUUUUUUUUAAACUAUGGUGAACUUUUUUUAAAAUAAACUUUUUUAGUGAGUGAAGAAAAGUGUUUUGAAGACUAUGGGAACUUUUGAAAAACGUGUUUUUUCGUUAAUCCAGUGAUUGUUAUCUUAUAUGUGUGGUGUAAUAAAGUGCUCUGAAACCGACGGUUGGAUACUGAAGGAAAAUAUGGACCAUCGUAACAAGAAGUAUUUCGUGGUCUCCUUCUUGGAGUUACCACAUCCGAACAUGGACAAAUACGUGUGCGUGCCCAGAUCCUGGGUGACGUUACGCCCAGAAGAGCAGUCCAGUUUGGUAUCCUACCCAAAUGAAAACCCAGCUCUGACCAGAAACCGCAUUGAGAAUACAGAACCAUGUGAAAAGAAUUGGCCAUGUUAUCAAGCUACUAUUGCAUAUAUUACUAAUAACUACGAUGAUGCGGACAACUGGAUAGCUACCAUGUAUGAUGAUGCAGUCGACUGCCAGUGCAGCAACUCUUCUGGCUUUCAUCUCACAACUACAAUCAAGUCUGAAGUUCCAGAUAAUAAUCCAUUCGAUGUUAUAGACAGACUUCUGAACAUUAAGAAAGAAGAGCCUGCUUCCCCACCACCGACGACAUCAUCUACGUGGGAGCUUUUCAGCAAUGCUUCACUAAGUCCCAUCAGGAAAGAGGAGCAGCCUGAGGAAACCUCUCUGGACAAUCCCUGUCCAGACAUUACCAACCCUGAAAGUAAGAUAAACCUUAAACGAACAAUUUCACCAACACCAGAUCAAAAUAACAAUGCAAAGGAAGCUAAAUUAGACAAUACCGCAUCAGUACACGAUGAUUCUAACGUCUUCGAUAAAACUUUAGAAACAUGUACUAAUGUUGGAGAAAAAGACUUGGAAUCAUAUAUCGGUUCGUUCAUAAAUGAAUUACAAUCAUACAUAAGUGGACAUGAAGCUAAUCGUGAGGAAGCGUCUGAUAAUAAUACAGUUACAGCACCCAUGGAUGCUAACAGUACAAUUAAUAGUCAAGCUCCUUUAAGUACUGAUAAAGUUGACCGUCAAGCACCGAAUUCAACAAAACCACGCAUAUCAGUGGUUCCCGAUGAAUAUUUGCUUGAAAAUAGAGGCCAAACUGCCACACUUGGUCAUCGCAAUGAGUCAUGGGAGACUCCUAUACCUCAACCAAAUCCAACCAAUGUAUCCGCGUCACAAACGUUGAUUAACUUAAACAACCGACAGAAAGAGUUAUUUAAAGCUACACCGCCUAAAACUCAAACCCAUUUGCAGCUGCCACUCAGAGCACCAAUUGAGAACAGAAGACCUUCUAAACCUUCUGAUCUUCGUAUUCGAAAUAUCACCCCAAAACCAUCAUCAACCGCACAGAUACCCGUCAGCAAAGGGCGACAAGAAUUACUAGCUCAACCAAUCCAAACAGAAAGAAAUGUACGCAAAAAUGUUUCUCAAAACAGUGCUCAAAUGAAAGUCACUCCACCAGGAUUAACUGGAAUGGGGAAUAAUCAAAACGCACCUCCUCGGAGUCUACCAAACCAGGCAUCUCCAGAAAUACAUACUUCUUGUCAGUUAUCCAUGCCAGACCUUGGAAGUCCUGAUUCAGAUUUCAGAGACAUUCCACCACCUCAAAAUAUUGCACCAAAUACUGCACAGCAACCUAUCAAUAACGUACAGCAAAAAUUACAAUCUCAACCAAAUCAAACAGAACGAAGUUUACUACGUAAGAAUGUUCCGCAAAGUAAUUCACAAGAGCUAGUAACUCGUACUGGAAACUCGCCUCCUAGGAGUCUACCAAGUAAUUCGCCAUUUCCAAAAACACAUAAUUCUCGUCAAUCGUCCAUGCCUGAUUCAGGUGUCAGAGAUAUUCCACAACCUCAAUUUAUCUCACCAAAAUCAUCAUCUACUGCACAGCCAGCAGCCAAUACAGCGCAACAAGAAUUAAAAUCUCCACAAACACAGAGAGAUCAAAGCUUACUACGGAAGGAUGUGCCACUAAGUUGUUCACAAAUACCAGUAGUUCCUGCAGGAUGUCAAAAGGCACCUCUCAAUAGUCUCCCAGACGAUCCAGCUUCUCCAGAAACAGAUAUAUCUCGUCGAUUGUCUAUGCCAAGCCUUGGAAGGCGCGAUUCAGGUUUUGUUGACUUUCCGCAACCAUUUUCGCCGUCCGAUGCUCUUUUUAUCGCAGAAUCACCUGCUCCAAGUUGUCCCAAUACUGGAAUACCUCAAAACACAACAACUUUUUCUGAGAAUAUAACUCGUGUAGAAAAUCAGCUGCCUAGAAGGCCAUCGCAAGACCCAAAUUCAACAGACAAUAAAAGAAAAGUUGAACAAGGGGAAAUUAAUCAAAUAAACAGCGCUACCGCAGUUGAGAAUGCUCAACGGUCGGCAACUCCACAGAGACCAAAUAACACAACAAGUAUGGCGAAUGAUAGAACGAAUUCUUCGAGUGUAGGAAAUCAUCCACAGAAGCGCGUCGAAGUCCCGCUUACAGUAGAACUAUUAUCGCACCCAGAAAGACAACAGCACCUAGAACCAAAUUCGAAUGUUAGUACUGCAGAAAGUAUUGACAAAAUUACUGAACAGCGAAAGAAUAGCCAAGAUGCAUUAAAGCCUCCUCCAUUCAAACAAGACAGCUCAAAGGCAGCCAAGCUCCUGUCUGAACCUCCUAACGACAAUAAUUUAACACUGCUUGUCAAAGGCUAUUUAUUAGAAGAUCCAAGUUCAGGGGUACUUUUCGUGCAGCCUGCAUGUCCAGGUCAGAAUAUUCUGGAACCAAGACGCAGCAGUCUCAAUCCUAUAAAGCAGGAGUGCGUUGAGAAUACAACUCAAAGGAUGCAAGAAGUUCGUCAUCAAAAUUCCCAUUCACGGGGACAAUAUCAAGAACCUGAUCCUGAAAUUGUUUCUCAGAACAUCCAACACUCCGAACAUCCGCCCUUGAAUCGCAACAAUAUUAGGCCUGAUCCACAAAUGAAUUUACCGAAUACGCAAUCCACGAUGAAUUAUGGACAUCAACGAUCCAACCCUCAAAAUACUCCACCUGUGGGUAUGCAUGCCAGCAAUCAAAGGCCUGCUGAUCAAAUUGAUCAACACAUUAUGAAUGGCAAUAAUCAAAGAAAUUAUUCUCGAAUGAAUCCACAGGAAGUUCUAUACAUGGCCACUAAUGGCGGUUAUCAUAGGCCUGAUGGUCAAAUAGGUCCUAAUAUUGCUAGACGCCCUGUAAAUACGAAUGAAGCUUCUCAAGGACUUAAACAUCAAAAUAUACGAAAUCCUGUAGAUAUUGUUCCUCAAAGGAAUCCACAAAGUACUCAACAGCCUGUAAAUGGUACUCAUCAGAGACCUAACUUUCACCCUGGUCCUCCAAAUACCCAAAAUCCUAUGAAUGGAAGUAAUCAAAGAUUUGCUCAAGCAAGAGGUCAUCAAAAUGGUCAACAAUCAAUCAAUAGAAAUGAUGAUCUUAACAUUUCAAUAAAUACUGGAAACCGUUUGGAUGAGCUUAACAAUGUUAUUCAACAAUUACAAGCUGAAGUUAGUGCGCUGAGAGCUCAACAGCCCAAUUACCAGAUGAAUGCCUCUAAUCAACGGCCAAAUCCUCAAAUAAUUGCGCAAAAUAGGGGCCAAUUUGUGAAUAUGCAUAACCAACCAUUUGAUCCUCAAGCGGUGUCUCAGUUUCUUGAAAAUACUCGACAGCCUCUGAAUGGCAGUAAUGAAAGACCUAUUCCGCAAAUGAAUAUUUGUAACCGUAAGAAUGCCAAUAAUCACAUGACUGAUCCUCAAACGGGUCCUCAAAUUACUCGACAGCCUAUGUACAUGAACAACAAUAAUAAUAGGCCUAAUCUUCAAAUAGAUCAACAUUGUAGAAACCCUGUAACUGCUGGUAAUCGGAUGCCUGAUCCUCAAAUGAAUUCAGGAAGCAUUAUCAAUUUUACUUACUCGGGUGUUCCGAUUCAGGGCUUUGAAACCCAAAUGCCUAUUCAGAAUUCUAGCCCUAUGAAUGGAAGUAAUCAGAGAUCUGUCCCUAACAUGCAACAAAGACGAAAAGCUCAAAUGCACUAUCAAAAUAACGGAGCCCAAAAUUGGAACACAGGGAAUCAUCAAACUUCUUUUCUGAACAACAAUUCUAUUGUUCAACAAAAAUCAGUUUCCCAGAACCAUUUUCAAGAUCCUCAGGCAAAUGCUUCAGUAGAAAGAUCGAAUCAUGGAUCGAAUAUUGAAUUUGGCAGACGUGAAAAUUUAGGUAGAUUUGAAAAUCGUGGCGCAAAUCUGCCAAACAAUGGAACUCCAUUUCAACAAUUGGGCCCACAAGCUAGAAAUACCGACGGACAAAUGUGUACCUACAAUCCUAUGAACGGUUCUGGUCAACAAAGUUGUAGAUGCCAAUCAUGCAAAUCAAAAUAUACAUAUUUUUAAAUAUUUUACUUAAAAAUAUGUAAUAUUAUAGUGUUUAUAAGAUUUAGUUUUUGGUACUGUUAAAUCUUAAGAGCGUGUACGCUCGGCGCGCGAUGUCAACUUUAGGUAAUUCAACGCAAAAAACCGCGCAGACUAGCGUCGCGGCUGUGUGCGUGCCUAUCAUACUUCACGUAUAGUCACACAAACCAUUUUGAUCCUUUCGAGUGAAAUUGGUAGAACAAAAAAUAUAUUAUUUAGUAAAUAGUUAAUAGCGGGAAAAAAGUGUAAGUCUAUGGAUGACUAAAAUAUAAAAGCAUGAAAAUAAGUCGUUAAUACUUACACCCUUUUGCAAAAAAAUCGGGCACCUAUGAAAACCUUGGUUUUGAGGACUUUCUGUAUAUUACAUACAAUUUUCAACUGAUGAUUAAUGACAAUGUUAAGAGUUUCUGUAUUUUAACCGAUUUCAAAAAAAGAAAGGAGGAGGUUUCAAUUAGAUUGUUUUGUGAUUGUUCUCAAUUUGAUUGUUCUCGAUUUCUCAAAGACGCCUGGACCGAUUUGAAAAAUUUAUUGUUUAUAUGAAUGGUCCAGUCCAUCCAGACCGAAAAAUUGUGGUCAAAUAACAACAAUUGCCGGAAUGCCAAAUAUUGGUGAAGAGCUUGGGUUUACCAUUGCAAAUAAAGUUUUAAGUUAUCUAUCCUAUAUGCUUCAAAAGUUAUUCGAGAUCAAAAGUCAAAAUUUGGGUACAUCCAAAAUGAAAAAAAAAAAAAAUAUAGCUCGAUUUUUAACAGACAUCUGCAAUAAGUGAUUUCUAGCCUAAGGAGUCCGCCAUAUUGGAUUUAGACUCGCGACACAUUUUUUUUCGAGUUAUUCAUAGCAAGCCCUUUCAUUUGAUACCCAUAUCGUAGGAAUGCAUUAAAAACAUUUUUUUCUCCAUCUUGGGUAUACCGCCAUAUUGGAUAUAGAAUCAUACAUUGUCAUUAAAACUGAACAUUCAAACAAAAUUUCAACUCAAUCGAUAAAAAAAAAAUAUGCUUCAAAAUUGAGCUUUAAAUAAAAUAGUAAUGUAUCAAGAUUUGUUGGUCGCGCUUGAAAUGUACUCUAUUCUCGGUAUCCACGGCAGAGGUUAUUCACCCUACGCGAUGUGACGGAGCGACACGUCCUCUCUCUGUGAAGCCUUGCGGCGGUCUGGUUUGAGUUGACUCGCGUGCAGCGU